UUUGUUUUAGUCCAAUAUCAUCCCAAACUGGUACGACUGAUAUUGUUCGUUUUCUUACCCUGACCCCCCACUGUUGCCGUCUGCUGUCAUUGCCCUGAGUGCACCUUGCACGUAUUCUGUGUAUUCUAGCUAACGACGACAGUCCAGGAGCAUUUUGUCGAGGUGUAUUAGAGGAUACAAGAACUAAUGACUGCCCGCGACACCGUAAACCAGUCCUUCGUCACCCUAUGGAACGCCUUCAAGGCAGCCGUGGGCCGCCUCGACAAAUCUCUGUCGCCCAAGGACACCUUCGCUCGCCUUCAAAAACACGAAUUCACGUUCUCGGACAGCAUCUACAUCUUCCAUGCUAUCCUGGCCGCCUUUUGGUUAUCAUUCAUUCCUAGCCUCAUUCUCAAGUUUCUCAUACCCAUCGCCUUUGCUAUCAUGCUCUUGAUACCACUCACCUGCCAAUUUUUCCUUCCCGCCAUACCGGUCUUCACCUGGAUCCUUACCUUCUUUGCGUCAACGUUUAUUCCAAACGAGUGGAGGCCCAACAUUUCUGUUGUCCUUCUUCCCACUCUCGAGUCGGUUCUGUUCGGUGCGAAUAUUUCCGACAUCCUGACACGGUUUACUCAUCCUGUGCUUGACAUCAUCGCAUGGAUGCCGUACGGCGUCGGACACUUUUCCAUUCCCUUCUUCGUUGCGGCGUUCCUAUGGUUUUUUAGAGCCAAGGAGGCCCUCCACUUCUGGUCAAGCGCAUUCGGGUACAUGAUGCUCGUCGGGGUCAUUAUUCAGAUCAUCUUCCCUUGUGCCGCGCCGUGGUACGAACUGAUCUACGGCCUGACCCCGGCCAACUAUGGCAUGAAGGGAUCCCCAGGCGGGCUGAUCCGCAUAGACCACAUGUUCCAUGGUAGCGGGUAUACCAUAUCCUUCUCCAACGCGCCCGUCAUCUUUGGCGCCUUCCCCUCUCUACAUGCCGGUGGUGCAACGAUGGAGGCGUUGGUCGUGUCUCAUUUCUUCCCCCAAACCACCCGUUUCGCCUGGCUCUAUGCCGGCGUGCUGUAUUGGGCUACCAUGUAUCUGACACAUCACUAUCUCAUCGAUGUCGUCGUCGUCGGCGCCUGUCUCGCCACUGUCACCUUCUACCUGUUCCUCCCUGACAAUCUUAAAGGUCCGGGAGCAGUCGCUGGCCCAGGGGAACUUACAAGUUAUGGACAGAGGUCCAAGUACGAUAUAUAUGAUCUCGAGGCACCGCGUAGAACGGCAGCGGGAGAUGUCAUGGCAGACGCAGCAGCAGAUUUCGAUCUUAGCGAGAGCUCAGCACGCUUCAGACGAUGAGGAGAUGGACAUCACGUAUCGGUCGCCGCUUCCCGGGGCUACACCUACUAGUGCGGCUCCUUUUAUCAUAAAUAAGGGUGCUGGGGCGGCCGAGGUGGGCCGGAAGAAGGGCCAUCGGCAUACGGCUAGUAUUGCUACUCUCAUAAGAAGCAAUGAGAGAGGCGGGGAGGACGGUUGGAGUUCGAUAGGUGGCAAU